GUUGGUUGCAGUAGUUUUUUCUUCGGUCUUGGUCAAUUGAAAAAAGCGACUAUCACUGUCAAUAGUAACGGAGAUGCUCUAGAAGGUUUGCACUUGGAGGGCAAAAACUGACGGGAAUGAAUAGGAAGCUUAAGUUGUAGUUGCGCUUGUGGUCUACAUCAUCAAAUUUCAUGUUUUUUCAGUCCAUAAGAAAUUUUCACAUAUAGUUCAACGUUCGCCCAACAAAAGUAAAGGAAAGAUGCCUUCUGCGCUCGGCUUGCAGAGGGUGAAGGAACGAUCAGCCCGGAAUAAGAGCAUUAAAGAGACGGCUCAUCUCAUUCGCGAAGCGGGAUUGACUCCCUCAAGCAGCAUUUAUAUCCCAUAUUGCCUCGAGAAAAUCGCAGCUGCUCAGUCGAGCCUAACAAUGAACGAUGCAUACUCUUCAGUCGUGGAAGAAGCACAGCCGCGUGUUAUUAUUGGACAGAAGAUUCGGUAUCCGGUUUUUAACGGUGAGGCCGAGGCAACAACCGGUGAUGUGACGCCAAGUGCGGAGUCGUCGGUCAUGAGAAGGCCACCCCGGAAAAUAAUGAAGGUGAAAUCUAAAAUUAAAAAAGGAACCAGCACCAAGACGGCAAACCGGAAAAAGCAGGCACUAGUAAAAAAGAACGACGUCAAUCGCGUGCCGUCAUCUUCAUCAACUUCUGCAUCGGCGCAUAAAGGUGGACGAGUUCAUCGAACUGCACAAUCAGGAACAGAGAGUACGCCAGCAGCCGCGAGUACCGCAGCCACAGCCUCUACCACUUCGUUGCAUAAGGUGUGCCCACCAGGCACUCCUAGUACAGUGACUUCGUCCGCGUCAGUAUUCACAGCCUCGACCGAGAUACCUGGAAUUAGUAUAACGACAAAAACGCCUCCCCGCAGUCGCGUCACUCGUCAGACCACCAAUUUGAAGAAGACCAGCACGACCACUAAAAUGAAGACUAUCACUGACGAGAUAGUGGCUCUAGACACUGCGUCUGAGGAGAUGAUGGAUAACGAUAAGCAUGAUGGAAAAGAACAAGGAGACAAUAAGACCAGCACCAGCACGACAGCUACAUCUUCCAUGAACAAGGGCGGAGCGCGCAAAGUGCUCGUCAUGAAGCGAGUUAAAACUAGGAGCACACGCGCGAAAAGCAGAAGCGCAUCCACUGGAGAAGGAGGGGCGGGGUCCGAGAGUGCUGUAACAACGAAAGAGCAGACCUCCGGACAACGCGCUGUGGAUGGUUCCAAGCCUGGCGCAGCCGACGGUACAGAGCCCAUGAAGAAAAAGGCGCACGCACGGAGUGUAGCGUCGUCCAAAUUGCCGAUGAAAGAACGCAUUCUGCAAAAAUACAAGGAAUCGAAUACCUUGAAGCUCAGCCUCAACUGGCUGCCGUUCUGGGUACUUCGUCUCUUUUGCAUAUUCACUGUCAUGGUAAUGCUGCAUGUGCUUGAGCAUGAAGGUUUUGGGCCACGACAAGAAAAAAUUAUUUCGUCAACCUAUCAUGUACUAGUAUAUCAGUCUGCAAUGAAGUAGUUGCAAAGCAAAUAAUACAUCAGUUGUAUAAUUCGUAAGAUCAUUUGGCGUGAAAGUUGGAGAGUAAAAAGACAUCUAAAUCGACAAACGUCAGCUUAUCGCGAGUGGUCACAAGCGGAAUGAAUAUCGCGCGUGUUCGACGUUCAUAGAACAGCGGCUUUUUGUGGACGCAAAAACUCAAAGUGGGUCUCGUCGCUACGAUUACGUCGAGUUUUUGAACGGUCGGGAUUCCAGUCGACCCUGGUUACGCGUUGAGUUUCGAGGCUUUGAGAAAAGGAAACUCCAUGAAGGCUUCUCUUAUCCCGAAGCGCCCGAAGUGCAUUUGGACGCCGGCGAGUACUACGUGAUUAGCCUGGGCAGCGUGGUGGAGUCCCGCAAUCUCCCGAAGGACAUGCAGGACCCCACGAAAGCACCGGUCAAGUCGCCAACCGGAGAGCCGUGAGUUUUCUGAAAACCGCAAUCAGCGACGUUUCUGGUGGCUGCAUUAUAUUUAUAAAGCUUUCGACUUCGUCGCGAUCGUGUUUGUGUUAUUCAUUUAUCUUCUUGCGAUUAGUUUUAGUUUUUUUGAGCAGUCUUCUGUCGCUCGGUCACCGUCACCGUUAUUCCAUCUUCGUUACAUCAGCUACAACUAUCAUGAUCUCAGUGCACGACUCCUAUCUUCUCAGAGAAAAUCACAACAUGACUGAAUUAUAUGCCUUCCUAUUGAAGACGCCUACGGACUCGAUUUCGAUGUUUAUUUUUAUGGAUCAUAAUUCUUCAAGGUGAAAAUUUCAACAUACACGUCUGUCGAGUAGGUACGAUCUAUGAUGGUGAAACAAGAACAAAACUUGUUCGAUGCAGGUCGCUAUCAUAAAGACGAUGUAGUUUUUGCCGAUUAAGUAUUUGUAUUGGUUGUUAGUUUUCAGAGUAUAGAAAUUCCUUUUCUCGACUCGUUUCCUGACUGGUUCCGCAUCUGUUUUAUUCAUGUUCCCUCGUCAGAUGAAAUUAAAAUGAGGACGGAAGAUGAUUGAUAGCACAAAAUUGAUAAGAAACAAUGAAUAUUUGACGUUGGCACAUUACUCGCCCAACGACCUCAAAAAUGUUGAUUCAUAUCUCCUCUCAUUAAGUUUUGUUUUUCGCGUUGCACAUCUGAUGUCAUAGCAAGUUGAAGUCUGCCAGGCUCUUCAGUAGCCGUUGAAGUCUGCCACAUCGGAUGGUGGAUCCCAACCUAACCUAACCUGAUGUCAUCG